AUGGCAAUCGUUUCUCUGUUGUAUUUAAUUCAGCUCUAUCGAAUUCUCGCAACGCCUCAUUUCAAUCUUCAUCAUACCGAUUGGACAAAUGAAGAUGAAAUCUCUGAAACAUUGCAACAUGAUUGCCUCUAUGUACCAGCUAUUGCAGAAAAGGGCAUUAAAUCCUAUCAGACCAUUUCAUACUGUCUAACACAAUGGCCAUCAAAAUGGAAUGUUUCGGGCAAUGUUCACGGUCAAAAUUUCACUUUCGCUGAACUCUACGAACGAGAUAUUACUAGUGAACAAUUAUAUCUUUGGUCAGGUUCGAUCAAACUCAUAGAAGAUUAUCAAAACUAUCGUGAUCAACGAUCGACAAAUUUCCAAGAGAUUGUGAGCUCAUAUUCAAUCUUUUAUAACUGCACUAUGCCCAAUUUUGGUUCACAAUGUCAAUAUUCAUUGGAAACUUAUCAACCUUAUCACCAAUCAUUAACUGACUUAGUUCGUGAGUUUUAUCGAAUGCCAUAUGCACCAACAAGUCGAACAUGUUAUAUACAUUUGGAAUGUAAUCGCGGUUCUACGUCGAUAUGUCUCGGUUGGUAUGAAAUCUGCGAUGGAAUUGUCGAUUGUUUCAACGAUGAAAUCGAUGAAAAGUAUUGUUGGCAAAUGAAAUUGGAUGUAUGUCAAGAGAAUGAAUAUCGGUGCAAAAACGGACAGUGCAUUUCCCAAGAGUUCUUUCAAGAUCAUGUUCAUACUGUCGAAUGUCUUGAUGAAUCCGAUCAAUCUUAUCAAAGCGGAUUCAUUCAAUUCUUUUUUGAUAGUUAUGAACCAACAUUUUUCAACGAAGACAUACAAUUCAUUCGUUAUAAAGAUUCUCGUUCAUAUGGAGAUGGAAUGUCUUCGUCUGUGUUGUCGCAUAUUAAGCUGUUAAAAGCGGAUAUAUUCAUGGAAACACCAAAAUUCGUGUCCAAUAAUUGUUGGUUGGCAUUUAAAUGUCAUUAUAAUCUCCCUAAUCGAUUGGGUUCAGCAUGUAUGAUUGAUCGUUUAAAUAAAUCAUUUCUUAAUGUGAUUAACAUGACGUGUCCAGAGCAAUUUGUCAUACCAGCAACACCAAUCGCAUUUCGGCACAUUUACUUUCUUUAUUUAAAAGACCAGAUUUUCGAAUCAAAUUAUACGGUGACACCUCCUUAUAUUUGCUACGAUCAGCAAUAUUGCGAUGAAUUCUUACCGAAUCGGACGUUGAUUUCAUUCAAUAAUUUGACAUGCCGAAAACCAGAAGAUUUUCCUCUAUCGUUCGCUGACGAAGAUAAGAAACAGGAUAUUGAUUACCAUAUUUCAGAAAUAUACAAGCAACUCUACCGAUGUAAUACAAUUUUUUAUAACGACACUGCUGUUUGCCAUCAAUCGAUCAUGUACACAUGUCGUAAUUCAUCGAAAUGUAUUUAUCAAGAUCAACUAGACGAUGGUAUUGUUGACUGUAAUUAUCAUGAUGAUGAACAAUAUUCAGUGGUUAAUAGUACUUGUUGGAAAGGACAAUUCAAAUGCUUGUCGACCAAAAAAUGUAUUUCGAUUGAUUUACUCAACAAUGGUAAUUGUGAUUGUGGACUGUCGAAUUUAUUUACAUGCGAACAUGAAGAGUAUGUUUUCGAUGCGGAAAAGGAUUUUCUUCUGUUUAGUUUCAUUUGCGAUGGUUAUACACAAGUAAAACCUCUCCUUAUUAAUAAUCGGACUGAAACCGACGAAACUGAUUGCGAUUAUUGGCAAUGUAAUAACACUUACACUCGCUGCAAUCAACGAUGGAAUUGCUGGAACGGUGCUGAUGAGAUCAAUUGUAAUUCGAACUCGAUUUGUCCGUCGAAUCAUCAUCAGUGUGUCUCACUUGAAACAUAUCAACUGAUGUGUUUACCACUCGCACAAGCCAACGACGGACAAAUUGAUUGUGUUGGCGCCACUGAUGAACCGAAAUUCUGUCGAUUAUCUCAACCAGUACCCACAAAGAACUUCCUCUGUGCAAAUCAAACGAAUUCUACUUGCAUAGAAUCUCAUCGGUUAUGCUCACAGGGCAAUCGCUGUGCAAAUCAUGUAGACGAAAAGCUCUGUUCAUCAUUUCAAACAAACAGUAUGUGCGAUAUAGAAUAUUCCAACAAUCGUACAGAUGUUCAUGAAUUCUUUUGCCAACGGUACAUCGAUGGGCUGAACACACAAUUGCAAGCCUUUAAACCUCACGAUUUGCAGUUUCCAAAACGAGAACAACAUUUUCCUAUCUUUCCAAUUGUUCCUGUUUAUGAUCAACGUUGUCACCGCGGACUUCCUAUAAAAGUUCGGUCAUCAAUUCCAGCCUGUCUUUGUCCGCCGAGUUACUAUGGUGACACUUGUCAAUACGAUCGACAACGUGUUAGUUUAACUCUACAAUUUCAAGCUCAUUCCGAUUCUCGACGAACACUAUUUACAUUUCUCAUUUCAUUAAUCGAUCACGAACGAACUAUUUAUUCUUACGAACAAUACACAUAUUUUUAUCCGCACGAUUGUACUAUGAAAUACAAUACUUAUCUGUUGCAUCCUGUGAUACCAAAGAAUUAUUCAAUACACAUCGAUGUUUAUGAAAAGACUUCCUUGACUUACCGUGGAAGUUUUUCCAUUCCGAUCAGGCACCUUUUCUUGCCGGUGAAUCGUAUCGCCACUCGACUAAUCAUUCCACCCAGCAAAUUUCUAAUCAAAGCAUGUGCACAACAUGCUUGUCAAAACGGUAAAUGUAGGUAUUAUGUCAACGGUCGAACGUUUUGUCGAUGCGAUCUAGGAUGGACUGGAGAAUCUUGUUCAAUUCGUUACAGUUGUCAAUGUGCAUCUGAUUCGAUUUGUGCUGGAGUAACUGCGAACAAUCAAUCGGUUUGCAUCUGUCCGGUGAAUAGAUGGGGUGCUAGAUGUCUGCUUCAGAGUAAUGUAUGCCAACUGAAAAAUAAUGACUUAUGUUUAAAUGGAGGUCAAUGUGUAUCGAUUGAUCAACAAUUUCAACCAAGUCGAACUUAUUUUUGUGUUUGUCGCAAAGGAUUUCAUGGUGAUCGGUGCGAAGAAACGGAUCCAUAUUUCAAACUAUCAUUUCAGCGAGAUAUAAUAUUACCGCAAUCAAUAAUCACUCAUUUCAUUGAUGCGAAUAAUUGGAAUAGUCAUUUGGUGGCUGUUCAUUCAAUUGUCCAACGAAUUUCUCUUUAUCAAAGAGACAUCAUCGUCUAUCCGACAACGAACAAGUUUGAUAUUGUAUUUGUUCAAUUGUUAACGAAGUAUUAUUUAGCUCGCGUUCUUCAUCGAUCGAAUAACAUCGUCACAUCGCAUAAUCAGACGAUUUAUCCGUCAUAUCGUUGUAAACAUAUUAGUGAAUUAUUCAAUCAAACAAUUCUUGCUUAUCAUCAAUUACGCCGACUGAAAUACUAUCAACUUCCGUGCGAAAAAUAUUCUCCGGAACUUCGUUGCUUCUAUGAUGAUGAUUACUUUUGUUUAUGCUACGAUUUCAAUCAGAAACGAUUGAGUAAUUGUUUCAAUUUUCAGAGUAAAGUGCGUCGAAACUGUUACGAACUGAGCGAUUGUGAAAAUGGCGCCGAAUGUAUCCAAGACAAAUUCCAUUGUCCGGAGAGAUCAAUGUGUCUUUGUCAAGAAUGCUUCCAUGGAACACGAUGUCAGUUUAGUUCACAAUUAUUCGGUAUUUCACUCGAUGCGACUCUCGGCUAUCAUAUUCAAUCACAAGUGAAACUAACAAGUCAACCAUUCGUUGUUCAAUUGAGUUUAGCAUUAACGAUUCUACUGGUAGUUCUCGGUAUUCUCAACGGUAUCUUAUCGCUUUUGACCUUUAAAAAUGAGGAAUUGAGAAAAACUGCCUGUGGAUUUUAUCUUCUGGGAUCGUCGAUCACAAGCCUAUCCAUCAUGGUUGUAUUUCUACUGAAAUUUAGUAUUCUAUUGAAUGCACAAAUGACUUACAUGACAAACGAAAGCUUUCUGAAAUUUCAAUGUUACACAUUAGAUUUUCUCCUUCGAAUCAGUCUGUCGAUGGAUCAAUAUUUAAACGGAUGUGUGGCCACUGAACGAGCAGUUAUAGCAUAUCGAGGUGUACAUUUUAAUAAGAAAAAGAGUCAACGCCUAGCGAAAUAUAUCAUCCUCUGUCUUCUAUUUUGGACAGCCAUCACAACUAUUCACGAUCCUAUUCAUCGACAUUUGUUGUAUGAUAAUAGUUAUGAUGACGAUGUUGAAAACCGCAUUUGGUGUAUCGUGAGUUAUUCGAAAAACGUUCGAAUAUUUAAUUCAGUUAUAAAUUUGGUUCAUUUUUUCGUUCCGUUUAUUCUUAACUCAAGCUCAGCUUUUGUCAUCAUCAUUUGCACGAGUUUAAAACGAAGAAAAAUGCAGCAUCGAGUUACAUAUCGACGAAUUUUACAAGAACAAUUCCAAGAACAUCUUCAUCUUCUCAUCGCACCGAUCGUUUUAGUUCUCUUGGCCCUACCACGUUUAAUCCUUUCAUUCAUCUUCAAUUGUAUGGCUUCAUCUCAUGAUGUUUGGUUACCUCUGAUCGGCCAUUUCAUUUCAUUCAUUCCUCCUCUACUGACUUUUAUUAUAUUUAUUAUGCCAUCAAAGCUUUACAUGAAAGAAUUCGACAAAUCCAUCCGAAAAAUUCGCACGGCAUUACAAUCAUGCGUUGCAUGA